AUGAGGCGCCGGUAUUUACGAGAUUAUGGCAUCUGAAACCCACAAUGUUAAAAAACGGAACUUUUGUUAUGAGAUUGAGGAUCAUUCCAUUGGUCUUCCCAGAAAAAGGAUCUCUAAUUUCACUAGUAAGAACAUGAAGGAGGUUAAGAAAUCUCCAAAACAAUUGGCUGCUUACAUAAACAGAACAGUUGGACAAGCUGUGAGAAGCCCAGAGAAACUAUUCAAGGCGAUCUAUCGCAGAAAGAAAGUUCAUCAUCCUUUCCCACAUCAUUGUGACAGGAAAAAACAGUCCCCCGAAAGUGGGGACUGUGACAUGGCAAAUAAAGAAAAUGAACUGGCUUGUGCAGGCCACCUGUCUGAAAAAUUGCGCCCUGAUAGUCGAACGUAUUUGGUGAAUGCCAGCGAUUCUGGCUCUUCACAGACAGAAAAUCCAUCAUCGAAAUAUAGUACUUUUUUUUCUGAGGUUUCUCAGGACCAUGAAACAAUGGCACAAGUUUUAUUCAGCAGGAAUUUGAGACUGAAUGUAGCUUUAACUUUCUGGAGAAAGAGAAGUAUAAGUGAACUUGUAGCUUAUUUGGUGAGGAUAGAAGACCUUGGUGUGGUGGUGGAUUGCCUUCCUGUGCUUACCAAUAGUUUACAGGAAGAAAAACAGUACAUCUCGCUUGGCUGCUGUGUAGAUUUGUUGCCGCUAGUCAAGUCACUGCUUAAAAGCAAAUUUGAAGAAUAUAUAAUUGUUGGCUUAAACUGGCUUCAAGCAGUCAUAAAACGAUGGUGGUCAGAACUAUCAUCAAAAACAGAAAUUAUAAAUGAUGGUAAUAUUCGGAUAUUAAAACAACAAUUAAGCGGAUUGUGGGAACAGGAAAAUCAUCUCACUUUGGUUCCAGGAUAUACUGGUAACAUAGCUAAGGACGUAGAUGCCUAUUUAUUACAGUUGCAUUGAUAGAAUUCUUCUGCUAAAGAGCAUUUCCUUACUCAGAACGUCCUGGACCAUAUGAAUUCCAAAAGAAAAAAAGUUUCAUCCGAGAACUGUGAACUGUCGAAGAAAGCAAACCGUUCUUUUCUUUAUAAUGAAACCACUAACAAACCCUAAUCCUCUACUUCACAUUGAAGUGGAAAGUACCAGAAAGGAACAGCUUGCACUUUCGUGAGGUGAAAAGUGCACUAUGAAGAUUGUUCACCUCGGCUGCAUGGGGGGCUUCUAUGGUUAUUUGGUAACACUGUUUAAGAACUACUGGGUCUUAUUGCCAUUCUACUUGAGUAUAAUUUAUGCUGUGUGACAGAAACAAGACAGAAACAAGCCACGAGACCAAUCAUCUUUCAAAGAAUGUGUUUUAUAAUUAAAAAAGUGCAGCUAUUUUCUUAUGUUGAGAAGACUUUGAAAGUUGAAGACAUCAUAGCAAAUAAUCAAUACUAAAAGAUUAUGUUCGUACUGAGAAACUGUAUCCUACAUGCCUUAAUUAUUAAUAAGCCAAUGUAUAUGAUACCAAUAUCUGUUUCAAAAAAGAAGAAACCAGCUGUGCUUCUGGCAUGAUAAAAUCAUGACAAAAUCAGGGGUUUCCUUCCAUUCACGGAGCAAGUUGUUAAAACUGUUUCGCACCAUCUUAAAACUUGAGAAUGUUUUCAGUAUCUCUGAUUUUUAUUUUUUGCCAGAGUCAUCAUGUUAUGUAUGUGCGUCCUGUUCCUAUAUUAAAGAAAAUGGCGAUAUGUA